AAAGAAUUAAAUAAAAUUAUUAUUAUAUAUAUAAUACUUGUUAAUCUAUCCAAGACUCAAUAUAACAUUAACAGCUCUCAAAAAUAUGAAAUCACAGAGGAAUUUGAAAUGGGAUUCUUGAUUUUAUUUUGUUGCUGUAAUGUAUCAUCAGGAGGUGAGAAAGCCUAUUUUGUUCCAUUUAGAACUCUUUUAGUGAUUCAGGUUUGGGCCAAUCAGAAGUGCAGUCCCGUUAAAAACGUUUCGGAUUCGGAGAUGCCAGGUGGCAUUGUGUUUCACAAUCCUAAUGGGAGAAGAAAGCUUCACUGUUCUUUCGCAUAUAAAAGUCUUUUCCUAUUUUCUUUCCAAUUUGUUCUUUCUUUCUUAGUUCGUUGUUUAGACAGCCAGAGAGAGGUCCAAAAACCCUAACAGAGCUCACUCUCUCUACUCCAAAACCAAGACCCUUUCGUUUCUCUCUCUCUCUCUCGCUGUCUCGCGUCUGCUUUUAAUCGACCUAUCCAUUGUUUCUACUGUCUAAUUGCUUGUGUACUUAUUUGCAUGUUGAUUUUGUUUUGAUAGGGCAUUGCUUCACUGUUGCAUUAUUGCCUUUUAAGGGAGGUCAAUUUUAAUUGUGUCUGAAAAACUCGGGAAUCUAGCUGCUGCUCCUUUUGUGCUCUUGUAGACCUUCAGAAUGAUGGUUGCCGUGCCUGUAGUAGCAGAGAAAUUGAAGAUUAAGUUCUCUUCCCGUAAGAUAGAUACCGUUUCUGGGAGAAAAGCUUGUGACUUUGCGCAUAAUGUGGAGAAGAAUUAUCAUUCUCGGGCUUGUGACAGAGAGAAUAUGAAGCAGAACCCUAGAGAGCGCAGUGCUAUUAAGCGUGGCCCAUCGGAGAUGGUGGAGGGUCAACAAAAUAAGAAGCGGAAGAUGGACCGGAGUGUGAUACAUCAGUGUGCUUCCCUUGUGAAAUCACUUAUGGAUCAUCCAUGUGGUUGGGUUUUCAAGGAACCGGUGAAUCCAGAUAAACUUAAGAUUAUUAUUACUAAUCCCAUGGAUUUAGGGACAGUAAAAUCGAAAUUGGAGAACGAUCGGUAUUUUAGAAUUGAAGAGUUUGCUGCUGAUGUCAGAUUGACGUUCUCAAAUGCCCUGUUAUGUAAUCCUCCCCCAAAUUGUGUUCAUAAAAUGGCAGAGAAACUGAAGAGGAUUUUUGAGACAAGGUGGAACGCCCUAGAGGAAAAAUGGAAUGCAAAAGAUGGUAAUGGGAAGCCAUUUAAUGCAAGGGCCAAAGAAGUUGGUGACACAGGACAAAUUUGUCCCGAAACACAUCCUUCGCGCAAUGCCGUAUUGCUUAAGAGGUCGAAGCCAUCUGAAGUUAAGCUGCUAAGGUGUUCUUCAGAUGUAAGGGCUGCAAAAGUUAAGCUUUCCAAUAGCAAGGAGUUGCGCCAAAAUUCUUACGAACGCACAGACGAUGGUGGUAGAAAUGCUUGUGGAUCUGUCAAUGUCAAACCAUCUUCGGUUUCUGCUGUUAGCAAAUGUGGUACAUUCGGCAGAAAAGCCUGUCAGUGCAUACUUCCCGGCGAUUCAGCCCAAGCUUCUUCAGGUAUUUCUUCUGAGAGGUCAUCGGGUAGAGAUCAUCAUGCAUGCAGCACUGGUACUUCGAAAAUGGAUGUUCAGGGAAAAUGCAUGUCAAUGCCGCAGAUGAGCAAGUCGGAUCGCGAUUCUGAUGGAGCUGUAAGUGCUCUGGCUGAGGAAAAUAUAUGUCCUAAUUCUCAGCUUAUGACACCUGCAAAAUAUAUUUCUAUUUUUGAUGUGCAACUGUCUCCUACAAAAACGCUCCGUGCUGCUGUGAUAAAGCGUCGCUUCGCAGACACUAUAUUUAAAGCACAGCUUAAGAAACUUCUACAUCAUGGGGACAAGGCUGAUCCAGUGAAGCUGCAGCAGGAGAAGGAAAGAUUGGAAAAGAGGCAGCUUGAAGAAAAGGCUCGGAUUGAAGCCCAAAUCAGAGCUGCUGAAGCUGCCUCACGAAAGAGGGAAGGAAUUGAAUUUAAAAGACAACGGGAGAAAGAAAGAGAAGCUGCCCGAGUUGCCUUGCAGAAAAUGGAAGAAACUGCUGAGAUCGAGCAGAACACAGAGAUUAUUAAAGAACUUGAGAAGCUUAGUGGGUGUUCCCUGCCCUAUAAUUACAGCUUCGGCAGGAGAGGACCAGAAGGAGCUCAUUCCUGUAGCUUACUGGAGCGGCUGGGUCUGAUUUUGAAGGAUGAUAUUGUGGAUGACGAUGAGAUAUUAAAUGGGAUGUAGAGGAAGGAGAAAUAAUUCCAUGAAUGUUUGCCCUCUGGAUAGUUAAAAAGAAAGAUCAUAUCUUUGUUUUCAUUUUAUCUGUCUGGUAAUCGAUCUUGGCAUUGGCAGUGAGGCAAAAAAGACAUUUCUCUGUUUGUAAAUGCACGUAAUUAGUUAGUUAUGGGAUAAUAUGAAUUAGUUGAAUUCUUCACUUUCUUUUUCCUCUCUGUUUAGUCAUUGUAUAUGCCACAAAAAACAAAGACAUUAAUUGACAGAUUCAUUCGUCAACUUUGUAACUC